UACACACACUAGACGCAUGCUUGCUUAGUAGCAUAUAGCACACGCUACCAAACAAAAAAGGAAAAAUCCUCAGCUCUUUCGCGCUUUCCACAAAUCUUGCUCUCGAUCUCUCUUUCCAUUCUCUUUCAGUCUUUCUUCAUCGGUCGCCAGCUUGAAGAAAGAUGAGUCUCUCAGUCGUUCAAGGUUUUUCGAAGUCGCUGGCGAUGACUGUUCUAUCCGAAAUCGGAGACAAAACAUUUUUCGCCGCGCGAAUUAAAGAAUUGAAUAAGCUGUUAGAAUUGGGCUUUUCGCUCCUGUAGUUUGGCAUUCGGAGUAUUGCUUCUAGUCAUUGUCAGUUCACAAGGACUGUCAAAAAGAAAUAAGUAGUUCUGGACAGUGACAGAAAAGCGAGCAAAUGAGCCAAGUCUCAAUUCCAGGAACUUAAUUCCAGUGAGAUCUUGGCGAUGCGCCAUCCCAGAAGACUGGUUUUGUCUGGUUGCCUUUCAGCUCUAAUUGUAAUGACUAUCUUUUCUGCUCUUGUUGGCUGGGCUGCUCCGAAUCUGAUUCCGCGUGCAUGGACUCAUCAUAUCACAACUUUACUGUUUUUGGGUUUUGGACUAUGGUCGCUGUGGGAUGCAUUUCAUGAUGGGGAGGCUGAAGAAUUGGCUGAAGUUGAAGCAAAACUGGAUGCCGAUUUCAAAGCCAACGGUGGAAUAACUAAAGAGAAGAAUAAGAUUGAUGAUGAUUUGAAGAAGCAAAAGCAGCCAAUUCUUGCUCAAUUCUUCUCGCCCAUCCUUCUAAAGGCAUUUUCAAUUACGUUUUUCGGGGAAUGGGGUGACAAAAGUCAGCUUGCUACCAUUGGUUUGGCUGCGGAUGAGAAUCCAUUUGGUGUUGUUCUUGGCGGGAUCAUUGGGCAAGCUUUGUGCACAACAGCUGCUGUCCUAGGAGGAAAAAGUUUGGCAAAACAGAUAUCUGAGAAAAUGGUCGCACUUUCUGGUGGAGUUCUUUUUAUUGUUUUUGGAAUUCAAUCCUUCCUCUCAAAGGUUGAUUCAUGAAGAGGUCAGGUCCUUAAGGAAUUGAAGAUGAUCCAGAAUUAUGUUUACAUGUUCUCUUGAAGGUAAAAGGAUCCAGGAACAAUUAAAUUGUGAAGAUUGCUAAACUGAAGUCAUUAUAAUUUUGAUUCGAAGUCAGUGAUCCUGUACAACAGCCUCGAGAGCAAUAACUUCAUGUAAAACUUGAAGACUAACUUGAGCCAAUUUUUAGGCAUUCUUGCCUCUGUAACAACUUUCUUUACCUCUUUUUACUUUGUCAAAGUCCCCCAGACAUCAGUUACUGAUAACUUUGACACUGUUGGAGGCAUUUUUCAACCAAAUGUUACCAGCUAAUUUCUCUCCAGAUUCUCUCUUCGACUACUUUAGCUUUUGUAAUAUGUAAAUAUGAUAAGAUGCAUAAUAUGGCCAAAGUGGAUUCCCCUGUU